UCGAAGAAGAACGUCAUUUAUAAACAAAACUUUCUUUUUCGUAACAAAACCAUAUCCAAAGAAAAACAGUUUAGUCGACAAAAAAUCGCUCUCUGUUUUGAUUGGAAUAUGGCUCAUAACGGUGGGAAUAACAGUGAUAGCUCUAACGAGUCUCUAAACGGUUCCUGGGUGAAUUUGGACGGGUCGCCUCCAAAUGGAAACAGUGUUCAUUACUCCCCUACGGGCUCACAAGCUGGAGUAAUGGAAGAUCUUUUAGCCGAAGCAGUGGAAGAUCACUACAGACAAAACUCCAACGGAGAAAAGUCUCCAUCUCCGAGAAACCCAUCCCAAGAGGUCCCAGCAUCAAUUCUUCCCCAAGAGCCAAAGACUGACUGGAUCUGGGAAUGGUCCAGUGGAAUUGAAAGACAUCCACCAAAGGAGUGGAGACUUAGACAUCCUUCAAAGAGUAAAAAGAUGCCACCCCGAACGCCCCUCAGUCUGAGAAGGACUAAAGUGAUGAAGAGUGACCUGUUGAAUGUGAAUAUCUAUGUGGUACUACCCACUAUACUAUUAUCCCACCUGGUUGCAUUCGGCAUUGGGGUCUAUGUUGGAAGGAAAAUAACAGAGACUCAUGCAGUUUGAACAGCAACAUCAAUUGCUUGCUGGGGACUUUUUGUGAGCUUUUCCUGUACAUAGAAAUUCUACUGUGCAUAGUUUGCUGGUUGUAUCAUACGUCAAAUCUUCGUUUAGAGGCUAUGUCAGAAGUUUCAUGGUUUACUAAGGGGGAAAUUAAAAGCUUGCCUUAGCAAAUGACCAAUAGGUAUUUAAAGAAUCAAACCUUAGCAUGAAAUACUAGAAAACUGGUGACAUAGCCCCUACAAAUCCUAUCAUGACCCACAGCUGGAUCAUGUCCCUAGAAAUUGAUUUGAGGAUCUUGUGGGUUAUUUUAUAGAAUGAGAGGGAAAGGGGGGGUGGGGAGGGGGAGAAUUCUCUUGUAUGAGUAUGACAGUUGGGCAAUCGUAUUCAAACUAUACAAGACAGUCUACUGUAAAAUGUAUUUCUUCACCAUUUAUUCUGUAAGCACAUAAAGUGCAAAGAUAAACAUAUGGAAUGCUUAAACACCACUAAUCCAUUUUAUAUCCUAACAAGAAGUUUUAUCAAUAAUUGUUUAUUUUCUAUUAUUUGUCUACAGUAUUGAGCUUGAAAAUUGAUUGUAUGAAAAUUAGUUUUUGAAUUCAAGUCCUAUUUUUAAUAUCUCUCAUAAUAAUUGGAUUUUAAACCUUUUCUUCAAUGAACCUUUGAUAAAAAUAAUUUAUGCACAGAGCAGUUGAGAAGCAACAAAACUGUCUAAUGGAUAAUCUCCAACAGUUGAACUGGAAUAAAUAUGCAGGGCAGUGUGCUUAACUGCACACUUUGAAAAAAAAAACAGGGAAAAAUGCUGGGCUUUUAACAAUAAAGAUCUUAGAAUAUGCUAUACUAAUAAAUUAGACCUAGGAUUUGUGCAUCUGUAUCAGAUAAAAACUGCCAUCUUAUUAUGAUGCUGUCUAAAACAUAUAACGUUAAAGGUUCUUUAAUACAUUUAUUAUGUUUGUUACAGUAUAAUAUUGUAGAUUCAUGUCACUCUCAGACAUGCAUUAUGUUUGUAAAGUGUAAAAUAGUAUUUUUAGUGUAUUUUUUGCUUCAAAGGCUGUUGGUUUUAAGAAGGUUUCCGUCCUAAAUAAUCCACCUUACAGGCCCUGAGCCAGGGUGUUUAGCUUGGUUUACAUGUUAAGCGGAGCAUUUUUUAAAGAUACUUCCUCCUAUAGCCCACAAGUGUUUCUCGAUAUUCUUGCAUUUGAGCAGACCUUCCACUCAAAGUUCUUCAAAAAAAACCCUGGCUACGGGCCUGUCAUACAUUUCCAUUUCUUUGCAAAUCAAAGCUAUUUAAUUUUUGAGAUUAACAAACUUAUCUUAAAUGCAUACAGCCUUUAAAUCAUUAUAAAGAUUUUGUAAUUGCACCUGCACAGACUAAUAUAUAAGCUUCACAGAGGAAUAGCCAGAAGAGGGCUAAUGAAUUGUAUUUUGCAACAAAAGCAAUUUUAACACACAGUCCUAAACCCCCAAAAACUUACUAAUUAAUAUUACAUAAAAAUCAUGAACUCCUGGUUAUUCCUUUGAUGAAAAGAAGGGCAAUUAGGCUUUAAUCUCACUGGUAUAAAAAAAUUACUAUUCAGCCUUAAAAUUAAAUAAACUUUGCAUCUGCAGAAA